CCGGGCGAUAAAGAGAAGGGGCGUUGUCAUCUGGACCGCGACCGGGCGACCGGGGACAUUCUAACGGACCCUUCCGAUCAGUCUCCCUUUGGACAACCCGCAUCCUUUUUCGGACACAGGGCCACCAGGUUGAGGCGCGCCACUUCGACAUGGAUUCUCAAAAUGUGCAUAUGAGCGACGGCAGUCAUGCCUGGGCGGAGGGCUACAUGUUCACGGACACACAAUUCACCGAUGCCCUGCCUUUGGAGGAGGGUCAGUUCGGAGCGAGUGCUUUCGACGACUUUACCAAUAUGGAUACCUAUGGAGAUAGCCCAGGGGGGCUCACGCUACGGGCACCGGGCAGGAUGGAUGUUGACCCGAGCGAGACUACACUCCAAUCCCAGCGGAAUUCUCAAAACAUGAUGGCUCUCUCGACCGAAAGCUCUCGCCGCGCUUCCUCUUCGGGGUCGUCAGGUCUUCCUAAGCGAAAGUCCACGGAAUCGCCUCUGAUACAUCCAAUUACGAGCCUGGGACUGAACACCGCGCUUCAAACUCAGCAGCAGCAGAGAGCCAAAUCAGGCUUGAAUCACUUCCAAACGAAUCAAGUAUUCGAACAAACCUUCGCCCAGCCCAUGCACAACUUGUCCUUGGAGCAAGGUCUGAGUCGCUUCGAGUUCAAUAGCGCUGCAUCGAGUCCAAUCCAAACGCGCGAUCCUACGGCUAUGAAUUUGGACUCUCAGGUUCACAUGCCUGCACUUGUCCAGCUAAACCGAUUCGACCAGGAUUCUCCUAUGGAAACCAUCAAUCCAGAAAUGUUCUCUGUUGGGAGCGCGCGCGACUUGUCUGCAGGGAACACCGCCACCAGGAUGUUCCAUCGGGCGUCUCCCAAUGCCAUGUCAGCAACUCCACCAUCGGACAGCCCAGACAAUUUAAGUGCAAAUCAGUUUCUAAACGCCAACGUGGUUCAGGAUUCCUCGGCGUGGCAGGCCGACUUCUCUUCUCAGAUCACACCGCAGGCCGAUCUGGGCUUCACCGCAGCCUCGAGCAUGGAAUCGGCCUCAAAUGGAUUGCGACAACAAGCAGAAUCAAACCACACGCUCGGGAGAUCUCCAUUGCACAUUGCUCCGAUCUCUACCAAGUCUCGCGUGGAGACCCAGAUCAAUGUGGUCAUGACCCUUGAGAAACCUCCACCGGGUAUUGAACAUCUGCAUCUUCCGCUUCACACCAUUGCCAAGUCGAAAUUGCUGGCCAAGGACGAGUACGACAAGAGCAAGUCCUUGGAGUUGUACACCAUGCUUGUCUGCACGAGCGCUAUGCAUAAUGCUGGCUUCAAGGAAAAGGCCAUGAAGCAAGCCGCGGCUCAAGAUAAUAAAGAAAUUCAAAAUCGUGCAGAAUUGGCUCGGGAAUCGGGCGAUGAGGAGAAGAACGAUCCAAAGCUUGUUCCGGACGAAGACAAGCCCGCGAACGGCGGCGAGGUCCGGAUCUGCAGCAAUUGUAUCCAGCGCGAGAGGAAACGAGCUGGACGGAAGAAGACGAAGCGGGAAGAAGAGCAACAACAUUGGGAACGUUUCGAGACAGAGAGGGUGGUGGUAUUCAACUCGAAUGAAUAUUUGCCCUUCAAACCUUGCGAACCUCAACACAACCCCCAUCGGGACUCGGGUCUGGGCACAGAAGCUGAUUAUUACAUGCCACCUGAGGGUGCUCUUCAGGUGACGGCAGCGAUGCGAAUCGCCUGCUACUGUCGACAUCAGAGCGAAAAGGAGGGGUUCCAGGUGAUUUUCACUCUCAAAGAUCAUCACGGGAAUGUCGUCGCGCAGCAGAUUUCGGAUUCGAUCCUCAUCACUGAUGAUCACAAAACACAUCCCAGUGGCUUUCCCGGGGCAGCCACGAGUGACUCCUUUUACGCAUCCGGCUUCGCAUCUAAUGGGUUGCCAAAUUCUCAAUCAAUGGUGGACAUUUCCACACACAUGCCGGCAUUUACGGCUUCCAAAUCGGCGGGAAGCUUGCAGGCUCUCGCGUAUGGGAGCGGUUUCAAUACUCAUAACACCUCACAACAGCUGACGGGAGCAGCAAUCACCAAUCAACCUUCGUCCGCCACGCAUGUUUCCUCGGCUACAUCCAGGCCUGGUUCGCCGACUCCUGCUCAACUGGGCCCGAACAAGAAGCGGAAAUCAUCGACCAAUUUUCAUCGGAAAAUCCCCAGCGGAUUAACAAUGACGCCCCGGGUGGACACGAACCAGCCUGCAUCGUCAAACCUCUCUUCCGCCAUUUCUGCCGUCUCCCAGUUCUCGCCAACCAGUGCAACGUUUGCAGGACAAAUGAACCCAUAUAUGAACAUGUCAAACAAUGGAAGCACGACGAAUUUCUUCAGCAGCGGCCCUCCCACACCGAGCGAAACGAAUGCAUACUUUGGUAUCGGCCAGGCGCAGAUUGACGCAUCGUACACGACCAGCAAUCAAGCCAUGUUCUCACAGCCGUCUUCGGCAGUGCCGAGUCGCGCGAGCUCUCCCGUGAUGCAUCAGGGUCGUGGUAACAUGGCCGCCUACAACCGUCAGCAUCCGAUUCAGACUUCCACCAAUAACAUGACUGCCGGCCGGUAUCCCACCUACAACCAUUCCUCCUCCAACUCCGCCAGCGGUGAUUUCCUCCUCCUGAACAACAAUAACAACAACAAGCGCUCUCAGACCGGCGUCUCCUUCCUCCACCUCAGCCCUGACCAUGGCCCCACGACCGGCGGCAACGAGAUCGCCAUCCUCGGCGAGCACUUCGUCCCCGGCACGCGCGUCCUCUUCGGCGACCACGCCUCCCCCUCGGUGAAAUUCCUCUCCCCAACAUCCCUCCUCGUCAGCGUCCCACCCAGCCCGAUCCCCGGCGCCGUGGACGUCACCCUCUCCCCACCCACCCCCUCCUCCUCCUCCGCCUCGGCCGGAGCUUCCUCCGCGGCGACGACCCCGAAAUCCGCCUACCGCUACGCCGACCCCGUCGCCCCCGCGGGCCUCAUCCCUCACCAGAAGCAUCAGCUCCACCUGCAGAAUUACAUCGGCCAGCAGCAACAGCAACAGCAGCAGCAGCAGCCAUUCGCGGCUCGUCCGACUCUCCCGGGCAGGAGCGCGUCGCAUUCGAGACUGGAUUCCCCGGCGGAAAGGGACGCGGCGAACGCCCCGACCGGGAACGCUUCCUCCUCCUCCUCUUCCUCUUCUUCUUCCGCUGCUGCUGCUGCUUCUUCUUCCAUGUCGCCGACGGACAUCUUAUCGCGGAACUACGCGGCGGCCACGGCGGCGGCGCUGGCGGUCGCCUCGAGGAUGGGACUCAAGGCUUGUUGAUAUGCCCCUCGGUGAUCCGGGGGAGGGGAGGGGAGGAGGGAGAACAAGGCCCGCU